GGGUCAAAGGUCAGGAAAAAGGUUCAAAAUACAAGAACUUAACCGAGGGCUGCGGAUGGUUUAUGAUUUGUAAAGAAUUAUGUCAGAGGAUGAUGGUUUAAUUGGACCUGCCCUACCUCCAUGGAUUAAAACCAGCACGAACGAUGACUCCGAUGGAGAAGUUGCAGGCCCGGCGCUUCCGCCGGGAUACAAACCGGCAGAUGAUUCUAGUUCGUCGGAUAACAGCGAACAGGAAGAGCAGGUGGUCUUCAAGAGAAGCAGGCCGGCUGUUAAACAGGAGAUAGGCGAUGGCCCGACAUCGAACAAGCAGCGUAGGGUGGAAGAAUCAGAGAAAGAUGAGGGGGAUGAAGAUGAAGGUUUCUUUGGGCCUGCUCUUCCACCAGGAUACAAGAAGCAGGGCUCGCCAGAAAGGCCGGUGCUGGGCCCUGCCCUUCCGCCAGGAUUUCUCAAGGCUGCACAUGUCAAUAACGAUGACAGCAAUGAUGAAGACGGCCGGGUCUUCUCCGGGCCAGCACUGCCUCCGGGUUAUGUGGCAGAGGCAUCCAGCAGUGAGGGUGAGGAUGAUGUCAUUGUUGGGCCUAUGCCUGCCCAGGGAGUCGCUUGCAGCAAUGUUGCCAUGGAAUUUGAACUCCGAGCAAGAAGAAUGAAAGAGAAACUUAUUCAUGGUGAUAGCGGUCCCAAGGAGCUCUCCAGGGAGGCUUGGAUGACCGAGCUUCCGCCUGAGCUCCAGCACAUUGGCCUGGGAGCUCGCAGUUUCAAAAAGCGGUCUGGACCAGAGGACAAAGAUCGUUCCAUUUGGACAGACACCCCCGCAGACCGCGAGCGCAAAGCCAAGGAAUGUCUGGAGAAGAAACAACGCGGUGAGUCUCAGGAGGAAGAGUCACCACGCUUCUCCCAAAAAGACCUCCAGAUGGCUGAGAAGGUGUCCAAGUACAAUGAAUCCAAACGGGGAGAAUCGCUGCUCAGUAUGCACACCAAGAAGAUAAAGAGCAAGGCCGAGGCAGACGCCAGUAAGCCGGUGGAGAGGCGGCCCUUCGACCGAGACGCCGAUCUCCAGGUGAACCGCUUCGACGAGGCCCAGAAGCGGACCCUGCUGAAGAAGUCCCAGGAGCUGAACACUCGGUUCUCGCACAGCAAGGACCGCAUGUUCUUGUAGGUAGUGUGAGGACCGUGUUUCACAUCCAGUCCAUCAGAUCAGCUCUUUAAUUUGGCAAAGGUGUAGGAUGUGGAGUCUGAUAAAUCUGGAGUUUUUGUUAAUAACCGAACUUUAUUUUGUGAGGUGUGUGUGUGUUUGUGAGAGAGGGAGAGGCACCAGAAAAAGAACAGAAAUAAUUCCCUUUUAUAGCCUGUUCCUAGCUGGGAAUUGCGUUUAAGGGGGCUCCUCUUGCAUCAGGUGGCAUGCCAGCAGGAGCCUUUCAACCACAGGUUCGUAUUUAGACUAAUAUGUUUACUUUCCGAGUGUAGGCUGAAUGAACGUCAUCAGAUAUUUUGAGGACCAGUGUGUUGGCUGUUCACUUUAAAAGUCUAAGUUUACUUAAUGCAACAUCAAAUGUUACUCUCUCUCCUCAGAAUUUUAAAAAUGGAACUUGGCACCUGCAUUUUAUUUAUUCGAGGAAUACUUUGAGAUGCCAGAGUGUGUUUUUAUAUAAAGUGAACGAUAUUGUGUCCUCAAACAUUUUUAUUGUUGCAUCUCACGAACCGUAAGGCAUGUCGAAGGGCUUAAUAUUUUUUGUGAAGACUAAACAUCAGCAUUUAUCAUUAAAAUGAUAUUUCAAUCUUUUCAUAUGUUGAUUCAGUGAGCAGAAUUUAAUUAAUGGGUAGUUUUGGAGUUCUAUUUCCAUUGUUAUCAAUUGAUCCCAGUACUUUCCUGUAGAAAGUGAACCUAAAAUGAUCUUUUUCAAAUGAUAUUAUGUUUAGUCUUAGAAUUGUCUUAAAGUGAAUGAAAUUCCUAGGCAUUCUGUCACGGUUUUGAGCCCCUAUUGCUUUCUCACCAUUUCAGCUGAUCUGAGUUAAGUAACAUGCAGUUUUUUCAAUCCAUGAUGUUUCAGAAACUUGAGACCUGGCCAAAGUCAACCUACCCAACAGAUCAAUCCAAUUAGUACCAAUUAGUACAGCUAGUUGUACUAAAGCUUAUCGAUUUAAUUUGGAAGUGAUUUGAUCUUCUGUAUCUGUGUUUCCCAAAGCCAGAAAUCUCAGGAGCUCGACAAUUUGAACCAAAAGGAAUAGUUCUGAGGGCUCAUUAGUUUUUUUUUUUUUUUUUUGGCCACUGGGUGGCGAUAAGCCCUCUGUUAGACUUCCAGUAACAAGUCUUUGAGAGAGUCAAAUACUAAAUGUGAACAUUAAGUCAGCGUGUUUUCUUGCCUGCCUGGCUAUGCAUAUUCUCAUCAGGUCGUGCAAAUAUCAUGCCAUUGUCAUUGUGAGAAAUUAAGCGUAAUUACGUAUCACAACAAUUUGGGAAUUAUAAUGUCACUGAAAACAGCUUUUUAUAAACUGCUGUCUGUUGGGAAAACACAUAUUUGCAAAUGUAUUAACAAGGUCAGUCAGUCUAUUUACAUGACGUUAGCUCGUCUUGCAUACUAUAGCACAUUUUAUGCUUAAUAAUCCUAGAUUUUGUGUUGAUUUUGUUCUUGGUUUGAAUAUUGUACUUGUAUUUUUUUUUCUUAUGACUAUAGGAAAUAAAAAUAAGCUGUGUCUGUCCACA